AUGCGCCAAGAUUCGCGCGAAUUCCCUAGAGGAUUUUCGUUUGGGGCGGCUACAGCCUCUUACCAAAUCGAAGGCGCUUGGAAUGUUGACGGAAAAACUGAAAAUAUAUGGGAUCGUGCCUGUCACAAAGUACCCAGCCCGGUAGCCGAUAACUCUACGGGAGACAUCGCAAAUGAUUCCUAUAAACUUUACAAACGAGAUGUUGAAAUGAUAAGAGAACUUGGUGUUGAUUAUUACAGAUUCUCUGUGUCUUGGACUCGUAUUUUACCCACGAGUUUCCCAGAUUAUAUAAAUGAAGCUGGAGUUGCUUAUUACAAUAAUCUGAUUGACGAAUUACUCAAAUACAAUAUUGAGCCGAUGCUCACAAUUUACCACUGGGACUUACCACAGAAAUUACAGGAUAUGGGAGGUUGGACGAACCCAUAUAUCAUCGAUUGGUAUGCGGACUACGCCAGAGUUCUGUUCCAAAAAUUUGGUGAUCGAGUUAAGAAUUGGAUCACUAUAAACGAACCGAAAGAAAUUUGUUUCCAAGGUUACGCAAUAGGUACAUUAGCUCCAGCAUACACUAUGAGCGGAGUGGCUGAUUACUUGUGUGGGAAGAACGUUCUUUUAGCUCACGCUAAAGCUUAUCAUAUCUAUGACAAGGAAUUCCGACCUACCCAAAAUGGAAAUAUCUCUAUAACCAUUAGUUGCCAAUGGUAUGAGCCUGAAAGCGAUCGCGAGGAAGAUAUUAACGCAGCGAAUGAAAUGAUCUUAUUCGAGUGUGGUCAAUACGGUCACCCUAUAUUCACUGACAGCGGUGACUAUCCCGAAAUAGUCAAACAACGUGUAGCAGCUAAGAGUGCUGAACAAGGUUUCUUACGCUCACGGUUCCCAGAGCUAAGUGCUGAAGAAGUUCAAUACAUCCGUGGAACAUCAGACUUUUUUGGUUUAAAUCACUACUCGACAUUUUUGACGUACAGAAAUGAGUCAGUUGUCGGUUACUACGAAAUACCUUCGUAUAAUGAUGAUGUUGGUGUACUCUUUUAUGACAAGGAUGAAUGGUCUAUUGGUACCCAUAACAGAAUCAAGACCACACCAUGGGGCUUCUACAAACUUUUGAGACAAAUUUCGAAUUUUUACAAUAACGUUCCGAUUAUAAUCACUGAAAACGGUUUCGCGACCCUUACCGGCUUCGAAGACAACGACCGAAUCACGCAUAUGAGGUUGUACUUAAAUGCUCUUCUAGACGCUAUUAAAGAUGGAUCCGAUAUCAGAAUGUAUACUCCUUGGAGCUUGAUGGAUAAUUUUGAAUGGAUGUCUGGAUAUACGCAAAGAUUUGGACUUUAUGAAGUUGAUUACGACAGUCCAGAACUUACACGGACGCCGAGAAAAUCUGCUUUUAUAUUCAAAGAAAUUGUAAAGUCAAGGACUCUAGACUUUGAUUAUGAACCUGAAAGCUAUGUUAUGACGAUUGAUGAAGGAAAAUCUUUACUGUUAUCCUUUGGCAUUCUAACGAGUGCAAUUGGAGUGUGUGUUUGCCAUAAUCCACGCAGAUUUCCUGAAGGGUUUAUGUUCAGUACUGCAACUGCGUCAUACCAAAUAGAAGGCGCUUGGAAUGUUGAUGGAAAGACUGAAAACAUUUGGGAUCAUAUUUGCCACAAAGAACCCAGUCCCAUGGCUGACAACUCUACAGGAGACAUCGCAAAUGAUUCAUAUAACCUUUACAAACGAGAUGUUGAAAUGAUAAGAGAACUUGGUAUUGAUUAUUACAGAUUCUCUGUGUCCUGGACUCGUAUUUUACCCACGAGUUUCCCAGAUUACAUAAAUGAAGCUGGAGUUGCUUAUUACAAUAAUCUGAUUGACGAAUUACUCAAACACAAUAUUAAGCCGAUGCUCACAAUUUACCACUGGGACUUACCACAGAAAUUGCAGGAUAUGGGAGGUUGGACGAACCCAUAUAUUAUCGAUUGGUAUGCGGACUACGCUAGAGUUCUGUUCCAAAAAUUUGGUGAUCGAGUUAAGAAUUGGUGGGGUCAGUACGGUCACCCUAUAUUCACUGACAGCGGUGACUAUCCCGAAAUAGUCAAACAACGUGUAGCAGCUAAGAGUGCUGAACAAGGUUUCUUACGCUCACGUUUUCCAGAGCUAAGUCCUGAAGAAGUUCAAUACAUCCGUGGAACAUCAGACUUUUUUGGUGUCAAUCAUUAUUCGACUUAUUUGGCGUAUAGAAACGAAUCAGUAGUGGGCCGCUACGAAGUACCUUCUUAUUUUGAUGACGCUGGAGUAAUCUAUUAUGCUAAGGAUGAAUGGGCUAUUGGUACGCAUAACAGAAUUAAGACCACACCAUGGGGCUUCUACAAACUUUUGAGACAAAUUUCGAAUUUUUACAAUAACGUACCGAUUAUCAUCACUGAAAACGGCUUCGCGACCCUGCCCGGCUUAGAAGACAACGACCGAAUCACGCAUCUUAGGUUGUACUUGAACGCUGUUCUUGAUGCUAUUGAAGAUGGAUCCGAUAUCAGACUCUACACUUCUUGGAGUUUGAUGGAUAAUUUUGAAUGGAUGAAUGGUUACACGCAAAGAUUCGGAUUUUAUGAAGUUGAUUACGACAGUCCAGAACGCACACGGACACCGAGAAAAUCCGCCUUUGUAUUCAAAGAAAUUGUAAGAUCAAGGACCCUGGAUUUUGAUUACGAACCUGAGAGCUAUGUUAUGACGAUCGACGCAGGAAAAUGA